AGUGAUAAACAUGGACUUCAGUGAUGUAUAUAACUGUGACAUCAGAGUGAAGGAGGAACCAAAUGAUGUUUCCCCAAUUGAAAAUGAAGAUUAUAUGAUAAUUGACAAUGCAUGCGAUGCUGAAAACGACGAAUUCUCGAGUUUUUGUCGAGAAAAUUUAAUUCAUGGGCUUAGAGAAUAUGAUGAAAAUUCUGGACCUAAUGACGAUUUGGAAAUAGAAUUCGAAUGUAAAAACGAGAAGCUCGGCAUUAAUUUAUUAUUAGUCAAAAAGAUCGAGGACGAUUAUCCAGAUCAAGGGCAGUAUAUGAGAAAUAGUUGCGAUUAUCAGACUCAAAAGAAAUUUAAAGAAGAAAUUGUCGACGAAGUAAAAGAGGAAUUGAAUUUGGAUGGUGAACUCAGUGAUGCAUUCGAUGCAAAUAAAAAAACAUUUGCUCAAAAAAGUCUAUGCAAAACCCAAACUGAUGGGGCAAGCAAUCGUACGAAAUAUCCAUGUAAUGUAUGCGGUCAAAAAUUUUCACGAAAAGGUAAUCUCAAGAUUCACAUCAAUUCGAUUCAUAAUGACGUCAAGCAUACGUGUGUUACAUGUCGAAAGACAUUCAAACAAGAAGCAUAUCUCAAAAUUCACAUCGAUGCGAUUCAUAAUGAUAUGGCACCAACUUGUGAAGUAUGCGGUAAGAAAUUCUUAACUGAAGCUGCACUCAAGAUUCACAUCGAUGCACACAAUGGUGUUAAACAUACAUGUAAUAUAUGCGGUCAAAAAUUCUCACAAAAAGGUAAUCUCAAGGUCCACGUCGAUGGAGUACAUAAUGGUUUUAAGCAUGCGUGUAGUAUAUGCGCAAAGACUUUCACAAAAAAAUGUUAUCUCAAAAUUCACAUCAAUGCGAUGCAUAAUGGUAUGGCACCUACUUGCGAAAUAUGCGGAAAGAAAUUUCAAACAAAGGAUACACUCAAGAUCCAUAUCGAUGGAGUACAUAAUGGUGUUAAACAUGCGUGUGGUAUAUGUGAAAAGACAUUCACAUCAAAAGGAUAUCUCAAGAUCCACAUCGAUGCAGUUCAUAAUGAUGUUAAACAUGCGUGUGGUGUAUGUGGAAAGACAUUCAUUCUAAAAGAAGGUCUCAAGAGGCAUAUCGAGGGACAUAAUGGUGUUAAACAUACGUGUGUUACAUGUGGAAAGACAUUCACACUCAAAUAUACUCUCAAAAUGCACAUCGAUGCGAUGCAUAAAGGUAUGGCACCUACUUGCGAAGUGUGCGGAAAGAAAUUCUUAACUGAGACUUCACUCAAGAUCCACAUCGAUGCAGUUCAUAAUGGAGUCAAACAUACGUGUGUUACAUGUGAAAAGACAUUCGCACACAAAUAUACUCUCAAAAUUCACAUCGAUGCGAUGCAUAAUGGUAUGGCACCUAAAUGCGAAAUAUGUGAAAAGACAUUCACACGAAAAGGAGAUCUCAAGAGGCAUAUCGAUGCGGUGCAUAAUGGUAUGGCACCUACUUGCGAAGUGUGCGGAAAGAAAUUCUCAACUAAGACUAAACUCAAACUUCACAUGGAUGUAGUGCAUAAUAAGAUAACUUACGCAUGUAAUACGUGCGGCAAGACAUUUACUCAAAAAGACCGUCUUAAAACUCACAUUAAAACGCAUGAAGACAUUGCAUGCGUUAUCUGCGGAGAAAAAUUUAAACAUAGGAAAUAUCUAUACAAACACAUCAAAAGUGAGCAUAAGGGCAAUACCCAAGCACGAGAUCAAUGCAAAGGAUCAUAGAACGUCUAUCAGUACCACGCAAAAUGAUGAUAACAUCGAGACAAAUGAGUAACCGUCAAACUGUCAUUGAGAUAGCUCAUCACUCACGCAUUACUACCCAAUAAGUGUAUGAAAUUUACAUAGAAAUUUUGUAAAAAACAAUUACUAAUAUAUUUUGGAUUACUCCUGUGU